AUGGAUGUUAGUGAUCAAUUUGUAAUUAUAGAUGAAAUCGAAGGCAUGAAUUUCAGAUGCUUUAGAAUUCCAAUGGACAACCCAAAAAGUUACAAGUAUAUGUUGAAGCAAGAUAUCAUCUUUCUUGUAGAAAAUGAUGAUGUACAGGUUGAUGAUAGAUGUGAGAUUUGCUUCGAUUCUUUGAAUGAGUUGUCUGAUAUGGGCUAUCUACGAGACUGCAAGCACAGAUUUCACCUGCACUGUCUAAAAACCCUUUACCUGUCCACAGCCGUUAUAAAGUGCCCUUACUGCAAGAUAGUUUAUAAUCUGCAGUUUGGUGAUUGUGGUUAUAGUUACUUGUUCGUAAAAUUAUGCGCAAAUAAUGUGGGUUUAGAAUUUAAUUUAGUUGAAUAUACAUUAUUUAUAGAUUUGAAUAACGACGAUGAUGGACAAUGCAUCAAGCAUUUGUUGAUAAAAGCGUUUCAACGACAGCUAUUAAACCAAGAAUUGUUAGAAUCCUUUUGGGACAACGAUUUUUCUAGAGAAUUUAUUGAAUUUAAAUUAAGAGAUUUAAACGUCUUUCCAAACGAACUAACUAAUAACUUAGACGAUGAUUGCUGGGAUGACGAGUUGCCAAAUCAAAUCUAA